AUGACGACUCCCACCAUCAUGCCACCGACGUCUCCUUUCCGGAGCUUUCCCUCUCUAUCUACUCCAAGUACGACCACUUCACGGAACGCGACCAUAAAAACGCCAAUCGCACCAUGUCCAUUAGUAAAGGCUAUCGAGGAGCGACUUUGCGUUUAUUACAACGAAGAAGAUUGCGGUGAAGAAGAGCUGGGGGAUGCUCAAGAACAAAGUCAUCAUCGACGCUCUCCAAGGGAUAUUGAAAACACCAUCCGGUCCCAAGAACAAGCACGAGCUAAGGCACAGAUGUAUCAUGACCAAAAGGUGUCAAAGCUUGACGAAUAUCGUCGUAACACGGUCAACGGAAUGCUUUGCCAGGAAUUAUCCCGACGAAGCAGACUGAUAAGCGAUAUUGGACUAAGCACUCAGUCACGAUUAGCUCCUGACCGGAAACCUCCGAACACAUUGCCCUCAUGGUCCAUGUAUUCCACCAAUAAAUCCAUGCUCUCCUCACAUAUUUUUGCUUGCCAAUCAGCUUCUAUUCUGUACACCCUUUGCUAUGUGGUCACACGUUCUGACGGUUUCAUGAAAGCUUGUGCAAGAGGCCAAGAUUCUACUACCAAACUCCUUCCUUUCACCUUUUUGGAUGGAGUAAGCUAUGCAGAAGCUGAUUUAGCAAAAGCUGGGCAUCCGAGGUCCAGUCGAGAACCUGCGGAUCGUCAGAAUCGGAAAGAGGCUGCUAAGAGUGCUGGAACAUCGACCAAGCACGUGUUGAGAGGCAUGACGAUUAAUGAACAAUAA